UUAAGUUACAAGCAUCCCGGAGAGAGGAGGUAAAAAAAGACUUUCCCAUGGAAUAAGCAGCUAUACAGCCGUCGCAAGUUUGUCAACUCUAAACUUUAACCGGUAUCUUUCCUUGAGGAACAUAUCUCCCGUAAAGACCGGUCUCCUUAGCAUUUUCCGACUUGGAUUAAAUUCUACGCGGAAACAAAUGAUAUUUGAACCCGCACAGAAGAGGUGGUAUCUGACACAACCCUCUGUGUUUCUACUCUUGUUCUUUUAUGCACGGAUCUUGGAUACAUGCCUGUUGGAUUUUAAUAAUAGUGGGGGGAACUGCCAAUUUUUCUGCUGCUGUCUUUGCGUAGAGAUCUUAAAGGAUUGAUCCGUGAAGAAACGCAAGUUCCUGAGCUAACUCUGCAGAGAAAAUCCUGCACAGAAAGACAAAAAGACUAAAAAUAUUAGUAAUACUAAAAUUAUGGCGCUGAAGGCCAGGGUCUUGUAUGAUUUCCACUCUGAAAAUCCAGGGGAGAUCUCCAUAAGGGAGCAUGAGCUGGUGACUCUUUUCACUGAGGAGGAGUUGGAGGGCUGGCUGGAGGGGGAGAACAGCAGGGGAGAGACUGGCCUCUUCCCCGCCUCCUAUGUGGAAAUCAUCAGGGAACACAUCAGCACCAACAACAACAGCUUCUCCUUGCCCAUAGCCAAAAGCCUGUCACCCACCCAGUCUCAGAGAGGAUUCGGAGCCGGUAGCGGUGGAGGCAGCUUCCACACCAGCCAGGGCAGUGAUGAUGACUGGGACGAUGACUGGGAUGACAGCUCUCAGGCGAGCGAUGCUCCUCAGGGUCUUGGCAGUGCCCCCCCUUUGUACCCAGUGACCACCUCUUUGCCUGGGCGGUGUGGGAAUGCCCAGCAGCAUCAGCAGCAGGCCAAGAGCUCAGGCACAGUGGGGAGGAACCUCAACAGGUUCUCCACUUUUGUCAAGUCUGGAGGGGAGGCCUUCCUGCUGGGGGAAGCCUCUGCUUGUGUGAGGGAUAAGGACAGGAUCUGUGUAGUGAUGGGAAAGCAUGGGCCUGAAUGGCAGGAGGAUCUGCACCCAUUCAUGUGCACCAUUGACGACCCCACCAAGCAGACCAAGUUCAAAGGCAUGAAGAGCUACAUGUCCUAUGGCCUGACCCCAACACACACCAAUGUACAAGUCAACCGCAGGUAUAAACAUUUUGACUGGCUCUACGCUCGGCUCGUGGAGCGUUUCCCGGUCAUCUCGGUGCCCCACCUGCCGGAAAAGCAGGCCACUGGACGAUUUGAGGAGGACUUCAUCUCCAAGCGGAGGAAGGGUCUGAUCUGGUGGAUGAACCACAUGACCAGCCACCCUGUGCUGGCACGCUGUGAUGUUUUCCAGCAUUUCCUGACAUGCGGGGCAAAUGAGAAGGCCUGGAAACAGGGCAAGAGGAAGGCAGAGAGGGAUGAGCUGGUUGGGGCCAAUUUCUUCCUCACAAUCAGCACGCCUGCUGUUCCGCUGGACCUCCAGGAAGUCGAGAGCAAGGUUGAAGGUUUCAAGACCUUCACCAAGAGGAUGGAUGAGAACAUUGUGGUCAUGAACACCACCAUCAAUGAAUUUGCCCGCAAACAGAUGGCAGGGUUCAAGAAGGAGUACCAGAAAGUCGGACAGUCCUUCAAACUCCUCUCCCAGGCAUUUGAGAUGGACCAGCAGGCCUACUCAGUGGGCCUUAACAAAGCCAUCACCUACACUGGCGAGGCUUAUGAGGCGAUAGGGGAGUAUUUUGCUGAGCAGCCACGCCAGGACCUGGAUCCCAUUUCUGACCUGCUAGACCUCUACAGAGGACACCUGGCCAAUUUUCCUGACAUCAUUCAUGUACAGAAAGGUGCAUUGACCAAGGUGAAAGACUGUCCGAAACAGGAAGGUGAGCUCCACAAGCGCUGCAACAUCAUUUCCUGUGCCACACUGGCAGAGAUCCAACACUUCCACCGCACACGUGUACGGGACUUCCGCUCACAAAUGCAGCACCAUCUCCGUCAGCAGAUUGGCUUCUUCCAGAAGAUCACCGCCAAACUGGAGGAUGCACUUCAGAGAUAUGAUGAUGACCAAUAGGAAGAGAGGCAGAAAAGGGAGAAGCUGGACUACAAGGGCCUGGAGAAAAUGGGGGAGAAGAAGAAGAGUGAAGAAGACAGGGAUGAUUGAUGGGUUUGUCCUUCAGUAAUGGAGAACAUCUUAUCAUUCUGAUGGAUCCUGGGCCUGGUACCAGUGUUGGAUGAAAGAGGCUACCGCUCUGUAGAGAAAUAUAGCUCACUGGGCCUGUGGACUGAUGACUUCUUGGAUUAUCUGGACAGCUCUGAUGAAUGUACCAGUAACAAGGAUUUUGCUGACACUCCAGGCACAUGUUGCAGCUCAGCGGGACAGCAUAGAUCUGAAAAACAGCUGUAAUCAGUAUCACGGGGCUCCCUCUCAAUUCCCACUUCCAAGGUCAUUUGAUCUUUCCAUUCUUCCACUACAUUACCACUCCAUGGAAACACGAUAACCAAGCACAAACAUACGUAGAUAUGAAUCUCCCUAAAUCACAAUUGGACUGAUUCAAUUUAAUGUUAUCUCUAUAUGCUAUUUUUUUCUGCUUGAAUUACCUGUUCAGUAUUGUUGUCAUGGAGCAUGACAGUAUGUAAGUGAUUGAUUGAGAAUGUGGAAUGAGACAAAAAUGGCCACGUUCUACUCUGAUUCAGUUUUGUAGUUAGAUUUUCUUUACAGUAUGACCUACUUCCGAUGUCUAACAUCUCUCACACAACACAGAUGCUGUCACAUCUUUACUAAAUUACUAUUUUUAGCCCUGUUUUGUUUGACAUUUUAGUUGAUGCAGUGCAUGACUUAAUGUAAAGCCAUGGUUCUCAAAGUGUGGGGCGCGCCCCACUAGUGGGGAAUAAAGACAUGACAGGUGGGGUGCAACGAAUGGAGAAAA